GGAUCAAUGCCCGUGAUUUUUAGAUUAAAACACUUUAGCAUAGAGAACUGCCACAUCCAAAAUGCCUUUGUUGUAUUGCUGUAAUUUGAAACGUUGUUUUCACAAAUGCUCUGCUAUGUUUGGUACGUUGUUAUUGGCCUUUGGGACGCUCACCCUUUACCAAACAUUCCCGACAAUGCAAUUGAAUUUCACCAAUCCAACGGAGCAAGCUUCUUUCUACUGGGACAUUCUACUGGAUUCAGAGUCUUUAACAGGCGCACAGCUUUUGAAAUACGCCAUGUGGACGAACCGCUCAUCGUGUAAGUUGGCUCACGACUUCGGAGGGCUCAUACUUGGUAAUCCUUCAGGAAUCGAUGGACAAAAAACGGUCUGUAUCGAUCGUGAAGUGGCUCCCGAUCCCGAUGAGUGCCUCGUCUAUUCUUUCGGGAUCAACAACGAAUGGUCGUUUGACGAAGAGAUUCACAAUUAUGGAUGUGAAGUCUUCUCUUUCGAUCCUUCGAUGGGAUUCGAUCAUCACGACCACAGUCCCGGCAUCCAUUUUUACAAUUGGGGACUCGGCGAUAAGGACGAGACAUCUGAAGAAGGAUGGGCCAUUCGAUCGCUGACGUCAAUCUACAAUAACCUGACAGCUCGUCACGGCAAGAGGAUCAUCGAUUACUUGAAGAUUGAUGUCGAAUGGGCUGAGUGGAAAGCCCUGCCGGAAAUGAUAGCGACUGGGAUGCUGUCCAAAGUGCGUCAAUUAGGAAUAGAGAUUCAUUUCGGGGCAGAUGAAACGAUGGCUAAGAAUCGCGAAUGGGCCAAACUGUUGAGAUCGAUCGAGAAAAUGGGAAUGGUCCGAUUCGAUUCGAAAUACAAUCCAUGGUCGAUCACGAACUUCACGGAGAUCGCGUUGUUUAACGUGCCUUUUGCAUACGAAAUUGCGUGGUAUAAUAGCAAACUGUUGCGCGUUUCGAAUUAAUGCCUCUGAUUUACCGUGAAAGCCAAAAUACAUGACGACAUACACGUUUAA